GUCCCUUCUAUCCUCACCCCAAACAUCUGCUUGAUUUGGGCCAACCCCGCUCCCCUGACCUACUCUGUCUCCCCAGGAAAGAGCAUCUAUGGUGAACGCUUCCCUGAUGAGAACUUCAAACUGAAGCACUACGGGCCUGGCUGGGUGAGCAUGGCCAAUGCAGGCAAAGACACCAAUGGCUCCCAGUUCUUUAUCACUACAGUCAAGACAGCCUGGCUAAAUGGCAAGCAUGUAGUGUUUGGCAAAGUUCUAGAGGGCAUGGAUGUGGUACGGAAGGUGGAGAACACCAAGACAGAUGGUCGUGACAAGCCCCUAAAGGAUGUGAUCAUUGCAGACUGUGGCAAGAUUGAGGUGGAGAAGCCCUUUGCCAUUGCCAAGGAGUAGGGCUGCAGGGACCCUUCCAUUUGAUGAGCAGUCUGUGCAGGCCCUGUUGCUGUCGUGGGGGUGAAGAUAGUCUACCACAGGGCUCUCUGUGCCCUGGCCCUAAAGCUGGCAUCUGACAGAGUGGACCCACUUCCCUCACAUUCCACAAGUCCACGGGCCCAGUUUUGUAACAAAUUCCUACCAACACUGACCAAUAAAAAAAAGGGUUUUUUUUUAUAACC